AUGUGCAGAGAGCGUAGUAGGGAGGCGGUCGAUUUAUCUUGUACAGGUUAAAUAAUAAUAGCCCGUAGUCGGGAGUGGUAGGUGUAGGGAUAUGCAGCAGAAGAUCCGGCCCGGCGGCGGCGGCGGCCAUCCACUAGAAGGACCAGAACGGCUAGCUGUAUGUUUGUAAUCUAAUCCUGGGUGCCGUCUUAGUCUGCAGUCAGUCACAUUACGAUCAACUUUUGAACCCGUGGUUGAUCAGUUCGCGCCGCUGUGGUUUGCCGAUGGCCAUUCUUUUAUGA